CAGACAGACUCCACAACAGGAUAUACCAGCGCAGUGCCGGGACAGCAGCCUCCUGACCCCCUCAACUGUUUCUCUGGAGCUUAAACCUUCCCGGUUUAGCUUCCCAAGAUGGACCUGAAGGUAACAAGCCUUGUCCUCGUCCUCCUCGCUUUGGCUGAGGCGACCGCUGAUCGGUACUACCAUGUGCCAAAAAUGACCAAGUCGGCCUACCCGGUGAAGAGCCAAGCCGUUACAGGCCAGCCAGGUCCUCCAGGUGAGCCAGGUGAGCCAGGACCAAUGGGGCCCUCUGGACCUCCUGGAAAUAGUGGUAGGGGACAUACUGGACAACCAGGCCCUCCAGGUCCUCCCGGACCCCCUGGCUACUCUCAACCUGGUAAACCCGGUGCCUCAGGUGGCCAUGGAAAACCAGGAAGCCCUGGCCUCCCUGGUCAGAGUGGUGAACGUGGUGCAACUGGACCAAUGGGUGCCAGAGGUGCACCUGGUUCCCAUGGAUCUCCUGGACCUGCUGGAAUUUCUUCAAGUGGAAAACCUGGAACAGCUGGCUUCCCUGGAGCAGUGGGACCAAGAGGUCAGUCUGGUUUGAAGGGACAUCCUGGUAUUCCAGGUCUUCCUGGGUCCAAAGGAGAAAGAGGCUUUGGAGUUUCUGGGGUUCAAGGACCACCAGGCGCAGUUGGAUCAAUGGGCCCAUCUGGAAUGCCAGGCAAACCUGGAGUUGGUAUACCUGGUGCCACUGGCUAUCCCGGAGAACCUGGCAAGGGUGGUGUGCCAGGAAGAGAUGGCACUCCUGGGCCGAUGGGUAUGCAAGGACCAAAGGGUCACACUGGGGCUCCAGGUAUAGGAGCAUCAGGAAAACCAGGCCAGAAUGGUAACCCAGGAAUGCCUGGACCUAUGGGUUCUAAAGGUCCACAGGGUUCAGCUGGUCAGCCAGGCUCAACUGGCAUGCCAGGUGUUGGCAAAACAGGUGAACAUGGAUUACCAGGUAGCAGAGGAGCCUCCGGUACUUCAGGAACCACUGGUCAGAAAGGUGAGCCAGGCCCAACUGGUUAUUCUGGUCGGCCAGGUGCUCCUGGUCCUAAUGGCCCAGCUGGUUCACAGGGUGCAAGAGGAUUCCAGGGUGAGGGAGGCCCACAAGGAUCUAAAGGCGACACUGGUAUUGCAGGUGCACCAGGCUCAAGGGGAACCAAGGGUGAACAGGGAGCUCAUGGUUUCAAUGGAAAACCAGGUUCCCCAGGGGUAGCAGGUUCUCCAGGAAAUCCAGGGCAGAAUGGUCCUCAAGGUCAAAAGGGCGUACAGGGCCAUGAUGGUCCCUCAGGAAUGCCCGGUGCAAAUGGUGCCUCAGGACCAAAAGGACACACAGGCCUCCCAGGAGGACCAGGAAAAGGUGGUGAGAAUGGAAGGCCAGGAUCUAUGGGACCAGUUGGGCCCCCCGGUCCAUCAGGUCCCUCUGGACUUAAGGGCCAUCCAGGUCUUCCAGGCUCACCUGGCCCAGCUGGCAUGACAGCUAAGGGAAUUGCUGGUCCUAUGGGUCCAACUGGAAAUCCUGGUCCCAGAGGUCAAGAUGGUCACCCAGGCUCUGCCGGUCCUCCUGGUCCUCCUGGCCAACCGGGAGAGAUAGUCUACCACCAUGAGAAGAGCAUGCCAAUCAAGUCCCACGAAGUUGUAAUGUCUCAUGAGAUGGUGAAGGCUCCCAUGUCCGCCUUCAGUGCUGUGCUGACCAGGGCCUACCCCUCAGCUGCAACUCCUAUUCAGUUCAACCAGGUUCUUUACAACGGGGAGCACCAUUAUGAUGAUCACAGUGGCGUGUUUACCUGCCAGAUCCCAGGCCUCUACUAUUUUAGCUAUCAUGUGCAUGUCAAUGGUGCCAAUGCACUGGUGGCCCUCUACAAAAACGAGGAGCCAGUUAUGUUCACCUAUGAUGAGUACAACAAAGGCUUCCUGGAUCAGAUGUCAGGCAGUACUGUUCUUAUGUUGGAUGGAGGUGACAGAGUCUAUGUCCAGGUCCCCGAUGAGGAGAGUAAUGGCAUAUUUGCAGCAGAUAAUGUUCACUGCGCAUUCUCUGGGUUCUUGAUUGCCUCAACGUGAUUUCACAAAUCCAAAUAAACCUCAAAACCUAA